AUGGAGUGUAUCUCUGUGUUCCUGCGUUGUUGUUCCGACCCGAGAGCAGGGGAGGAUGGUCGUCGGAAGAGAUACGCCGACUACAAAUUCUACGCUGCCUCAAAAGGACGGCCAGACGGCCGCUGCCUACUAGGGGGAGGCAGACGGCACUUCAAAGUAGGCGGGAAGGGCUGGGGAUUCAAGGAUUGUGUUCCACGCCGCAAGUUUGGUGGCCCUUUCGAGUUAGUUGCAGAUGAUACUCUCGUAAUCCACGCUCAGGCAGCAGCUCUACCUGGCUACUGCAAUAGCAGAGAGAAACGAUGGCUAGAUACCUCUGCAUUCCGCUGGAAGCCAUCCGCAAAACCGAGUGGUUCGAAGAUGUCGAGCCAGAUUGCUCGCCUGAUUGCCCAUCAUCCCUCGACCAACGUCGUCGACAAGGCGGCCCUGGAGGAGUUGCUUUCGGAGCUCAAACAGGGCGUCCCCAGGACGAUGUCCAUGGUCGAAUCUUCCCGCGUCACCGAAGCUUCCAUGGCGUGGAUGGUGGAAGAUCUGAAGGCGAGGCUGUUUCGCAGGCAGAGGCAGCUGGGCGGCUUGGAGGACGAGGUUUUCCGACUCGGGGAGGAAGAGAGGAGACUGGAUGGUGAGAUUCAGCAGCUGGUCGCGCGCAAGGCUUAG